AGCAGAACACUGAACACACACGAUUUCUGUUGCGGUCUCCACGAGCGUGAAAUAGGAGAAGAAAACAAAAGAGAAAAGGACAAGGAAAAUGGACGACCGCGACCUGGACUCCGCCGCGCUCUGGGCCGCCGUCGACUCGGCGGCCGCCGCCCAAGCCUCCCGCCGCGACCACGACCGUACGCACCUCCGCAAUCUGGAGGACGACGAGCAUCGAGAUCGAGGAGGCGAGGUGGUGCAGCCCGCCCGUCCCUUCAAGGUCCCUCGACUCCUGACUACGCCGCCCCCGCCCUCUCCUCGGCCUCUGCAACUGCAGAUGGCCCCCCGGCCCCAUUCCUCGCCCAACCUCACCCUCACGCCCGACGCCACCAGGCUCGUCGUCGUCGACACCCCACCUCCCACACCUACCGCCUGCUUCGCCGCCCACGACCUCUUCCCCGCCAUCUCCGUCGCCAACUUCAGAAAGUACCAGGAGGCAGCCCUCUCGAUUCUAGAUAAAAGCGACUACACCUCCAUCAGUGGGAAUCCAUACAUCAAGAAAUCAGGCUGGAGGAAAAUAUCAUGCUUCUUCAAUAUCUCAUUUGAAAUCAAGGACCGCUCCAUUGAGUUCGAUGAAAACCGCAAUGUCAACCGUGCCGAGUUUCUCGUUCGAGCAUCGAUGCAAGGUGGCAGGUUUUCGGAUGGUUGGGGUUCAUGUGAUCGGCGUGAGAAAAAAUUUAACAAACCAAACCAUGAUGUUCCCAGCACAGCUGAAACCAGAGCUAAGAACAAAGCCUGUCAGAUCAAGGAGGCAGAAGCAAAAAAAACUGCUAGAGGGGGCCAGACUGCUAAGACGAGUGGGAAGUGAAAUAUAUAUAUGAUGCUCAACAUGGAUGGAGUUUCAGAUCGAGGAGGCUGCAAUGAUGAGAAUGUUAGGAUCGCAUAGUGCUGAUACCUUGGGGUAGGUUGCUGUAGAUGGUAUUUUGUCAAGUUGUGUUCACUAGCUCCUGUUCUGUUUUUUUAGCUGUUUGAUGUUGCCUGUAAGGGUAGAAUUCCUAGAAAAGUUAAGACUGUUUUUUUGCUGGUUACCCUCUCCUAACCAGGAUGGAUACCUGGAGAAGGAUGAAUUUGCUGGAAGUCAUGCACAUUUGGUAGUUUCUCAUUUCUAUCAACGGGAAUUUUUUUUUGGGGGGUGGGUCCCGCAGAAGUUACAGUCUGCAAGGCCCACCCACAAAAGAGAAUCUUUGAGGGAAAGAAUGGCAUUGUACUGAGUUAUCUUAUUUGAUGAAGAAACGAUGCAUGCAUUUAGAGAUGUGUAGCUUAGAACUAAAGUGUGUGUUACUGGAUAUAUAUGGUGGGUAGGCAUGUUUUUGACUGGGUCAUGACAGGCGUGUGCUUGUGUGGUGCUUUUACGUACUACAUUCUUUUAUGCAUCAUUAGGGUACUGGCUUUUACAGUUUAGCUAGACGUAGAUGUGAAAUAUCAUGAGUUCACGACAAGUCUGUACUCAGGACAAUCCUUACAUAAGCUAGUGUGGACCAUUGCUAUAGUUUAUCGGAGUAUUUUUAUUUCACUAUAGAUCAAUCAAUAUGUUGGGAGU